AUGCCCCUGGUUCGGGCUCUUCUACUGGAAGAGCAGUGGACGCACAAGAUCCUUCACGAAGGAAAAACCUGGGAGUUGCGCGCAGGGCGGUGUGACAUCAGGGAGCGCAUAGGCUUGGUGGCCACAAGCAAGACAUCGUGCUCAGGAAAGAGAAUGCUUCACGGUGAGGUAGACGUUGUGGAUUGCUUCGAGGCGGAUGCCUUAGGCUUUGCGCAGUGGAUCGACCAGUCAUUUCCGCCUGUGAGCAGGUUUCUCACUGACGCCGACCUGCCGGGCACCGAGAAGUUGAGCGUGUGGCCACCAACGGACGCGUGGCUUCAGGCAAAAUACGUGCAGCUGCCACAUUUGCAUCCAGAUGCUGAUGGUGUCUUAGCGCGGGAUUUCUUUAACCUGUCGUACACAAGCGCUGUGCCUGGCCUUGAGUCUUGGGGCGAGUUCUUGACGAAUGGAGCGGAUGAUAGGAAAGGAGUUCCGGCCCACAAUCACAUUGUAGAGAACUAUGUGCGGGGCAUGGAUAUGGACCGUUCAGAUGUUUUGGUUUUUGCUGACCUCUUGCCCAACCGCCACAUGGAGUUCGGUCGGGCUGUGCUCAAAAGGCAUCUUGACAACCCAACUUCCAGCCCACAGAUUGUCUACAUUGGCUUCGCCCGUGAAGAGCAAAAGGACGUCCAAACGGCCAUGGAGAACAUGGUGUAUUCACAUUGGGACGCCUCGAAAGAUGCUCCGGCAAAAACACGGCCACAGGAGGCUGUGGCUGAUCCAGAGCUUACCCUUCUAACUUGGAGCAACGGCCACCCGCUCUUCCCUGCUUCGGUGUUGGAGAAAUAUGCCACGGGCACAUCAGCGAAUGAUGAAAUUCUCAAGUUGAAGCAGGAGUUUCUUGCUGCGUUCCCAGAGUCUGCGGUAACCGGUGGCGCAGGUGCUGGUCAGAGUCGACAGGCUCAGGGUGGACAGGGGGCAAACCAGCGGGCACGUGGACGGCCAGACUUCAACAUUGAUGGAGGGGCUUCACCUUUGGACGUGACCAGGGUGAUUGACGCAACCUUUGUGAAGGACGCAGACAUGACAAUCACCAGGAAAGCUUAUGUUCAAGCGAAAGGUAUCAAGCCUGCCCUUGUGAUUGACACAGACUUCAACCUGUGGCUGGGGAACGAAGGAGAUUGUGAGACGAAGCUGGAUGCCUGUGAAUUGUGCGGAUUUAAUCUUGGCAACUUCGAAGAGAAGGUAGUGAGCGGUGUUGGGCUGAGUCAACUUUACACCUUCUACCAAAUUACAUGGCUUAUUUUAUACCUGUUGCCCACGCUCAGAGCGGCAAGCUCGAAUCUGAAUUUCCAAGGACUUGGCGAAAAGGAGUUGGCUGGCAUCCCAUUUCGGUUUGCCAACGAUCUCACGAUUGUAUCCUCCGAAAAGAUACCAAUGUCGCUGGCAGCGUACCUUCACCAAAUCUGUGUUUGCAAUGGCAUUGCCACUUUUGAGAUUGCUAACCACGAAGUGAGCCAGAAGCUGUAUGAGGCCUGA